AUGCCUUUCGGAUUGAAGAACGCCGGGGCCACAUACCAACGCUUGGUUAACCAAGCCUUUAAGUCUCAGAUCGGCCGGAUGGUUGAGGCCUAUGUAGAUGAUAUCCUCCUCAAAAGUCGGACAACCUCCACAUUCCUUGCCGACCUGAAGGAAGUCCUGGAAGUCUUUCGGAAGACGCGAAUAAUGCUAAACCCUAAGAAGUGUGUCCUGGGGGUCACUUCGGGGAAGUUUUUGGGUUACCUCGUCUCCAGGCGAGGUAUUGAAGCAAAUCCAGACAAGGUGAAAGCAAUUCAAGAGAUGUCUUCACCUCGGUGCGUCCGCGAUGUCCAAAGGUUGACGGGGCGGUUGGCCGCCCUGAAUCGAUUCCUAUCGCAUUCAGCCUCCAAGGCAUUGCCGUUUUUUAAAGUCCUUAAAAAGGCCAACAACUUCUCCUGGACCGAAGAGUGUCAACAGGCGUUUGAGCAGCUAAAGGAGUACCUCAACCACCUCCCAACACUCACUUCACCUCGCCCAGGGGACAAGUUAAUCUUGUACCUAUCUGCUGCCGCUGAAGCUCCGAGUCCUCCGAGGUCCGGAGACCAGGUACCUCAGGCGGAGAAACUUGUGCUAGCCUUAAUUCAUGCAGCUCAUAGGCUUAAGCCCUACUUUUUGGCCCAUCACGUCUGCCUGAGGACAGACCAACCACUUCGGCAGGUCCUAUCGCGACCGGAGGCCUCUGGACGCCUCACCAAGUGGGCCAUCGAGCUGGGAGAGUACGAUUUAUCUUAUGAGCCUCGCACGGCCAUUAAAGCCCAGGCUCUCGCGGAUUUUCUUGCCGAACUUACUUUUGAGGAAGCGAAUGAGAUCAUCCCGGUUAUUACCCAGGCUGUCACCUCGUCCACCGCCGAGCCUCAACAAUGGACCUUGCAUGUAGAUGGCUCAUCCAAUAGUGAGGGUAGUGGAGCUGGUUUGCUCCUCGAAGAUCCCCAAGGAGAAAUUUGCUCGUAUGCCUUGAGGUUUGAUUUUGCUGCUUCCAACAAUGAGGCCGAAUACGAAGCAGUCAUCGCCGGCCUGCAGUUAGCUCGCGAAUACGAGGCCAGGGAAGAGGUGAUGCAUCGAUACCUCUCCAAGGUCCUCCAGCUAGUGGCACACUUCCAGUCUUUUGAAAUCCAGAGGAUACCACGGUCACAGAACAGGAGAGCUGAUGCCCUCUCCCGGCUCGCUUCUACCUCUUUUUCUGACCUGAACAAAACGGUCAUUGUAGAAGUUUUAGCCGCACCGGGGUACGAAGGGGAAGAGGUGUAUCCCAUCUACCCUGGGGAUACCUGGAUGGGACCGUUAGUUCGAUUCCUCAGCCGAGGUGAACUCCCCGAAGACCGAGCUGAGUCACGCAAACUUCAGCGUAAAGCAUCUCGGUACGCCCUUCAACAGGGCCUCUUGUACAAGAUGUCCUACCUCGGCCCAUGGCUACGAUGUAUCACCCCAGAAGAAGGCGACAGAAUUCUUCAGGACAUUCACGAGGGACUCUGUGGUGCCCACGUCGGUUUCAGGAUGCUCGUGAAAAAGGCUUUGCUGCUUGGAUACUUUUGGCCCACCAUGAGGGUAGAUGCCCAGGUCAUGGUCCUUUGCUGCCCUUCUUGUCAGCACCAUGCCCUGAGCACCAUGCCCCUGAGCACCACCGACCAACCAAUCUUAUGA